CCUUUCAUCUAUUAUUAUGCUAUCACACACUCAUUGCACACAAAUUUGUACGAGAAUCAACAAUUUACUUAACAACGAUACUAAAUAUGUGAAUCCAUCUACAGUCAUUCUUUUCCUUAUAGAAAAUUUUAAACCUGCAAAGAAAUUUUUUAAACCAUUAAUGUUUCUUCUACAACCUCACUACACCAUUCAUCUUCAACCUCUUUUCCUUCAAACCUUUCUCAUUUCCUGAAAUUCCUUUUUCUUUUCCUCCAAAAUAUAAUAAAAUCAAUAUAGAAUUUUUUAACCUGAAAUGUUAUUACGUUAAAAUCUUUGAUCGCAAUGAAGUUCCAGGCUUCCGAGCUUCCCAUUGGGAAGCCUCAACCACGAAGAAAAACAUCGAGGCUUGCUCCAUUGGUUGCUCUAAUCAUUCUUUUAACAAUCCCUUUAUAUUACCCUGCAUUAAGAGACACGUCGAAAAAGUUGUACGAAACGACGUCGGUUGUGCCGUACGAGGAUUUGGAGGAUCCAAUUAGUCUGACGUCCCAUGUUGAAGAACCCCCUCCACCUGAAAACCCUAAAGACCCUUGCUCCGCCGACCCUGCCCACUGCCACCACGACAAAGCUGCCGGGGACACCGCAGUCGACCACCACCUCGCCCCCGUCAGGAAAAAAAAUGAUAAGGGAAGAAGAAAGAGAAUGAGAAAGCCACGAAGUGAAGCGCAAAAAGAUUCUGCCCCACAAGGUACCGGGAGGCAGGCGAUAAGCAGAAGCGACGAUCAGGGUGAUAAGGUGAAGGCGAUGAUGAGUGGGAGGAGUAGCUAUCGUGGGGCGAUAAGAUCGCGAGUUUCCGAUGAGGAGCAGUGCGACUUAUUUUCCGGCGAAUGGGUGGCGAAUCCCGACGGCCCAUAUUACACGAACGACACGUGUAACGCAAUCCAGGAGCACCAGAAUUGUCUCAAGUUCGGGCGGCCUGAUCGCGGGUUCUUGCAGUGGAGGUGGAAGCCCGACGACUGUGAGCUGCCCCUUUUCGAGCCGCACCAAUUCCUGCAGCUUCUCAAGGGCAAAUCCUUGGCUUUUGUCGGCGAUUCUGUGGCCAGGAAUCAUAUGCAGUCUUUGAUUUGUCUCUUGUCCAGAGUGGCAAAUCCAGUAGACCUGUCGAAUCCAUUGGACCAAAACAAACGGUACGAAUACAGAGAGCACGACUUCAACAUAUCGAUGUUGUGGUCACCUUACUUAGUCAAAACCGAGAAAAGCGACCCCAACGACGAUCGCCGCCCUUUCCGCCUCUAUCUCGACCAGCCCGACCUCCACUGGUCCUCCCAGAUCGCCCUCUUCGACUACGUCGUCAUCUCCGCCGGCCACUGGUUCUUCCGCCCCACCUACUUCCACCUCCGCACCCGCCUCGUCGGCUGCCUCUACUGCCCAGAGCCCGACGUCGCCCACCUCACCUCCUUCUUCAGCUACCGCCGUGCCUUCCGCACGACCUUCCGCGCCAUAGCCGAUGCCGGCUUCGGGGGUGUGACGUUCCUCCGGACGUACGCGCCUUCGCACUUCGAGGGGGCGGCGUGGGACAAGGGCGGCGACUGCGCGCGGACGCGGCCCUACCGGAGGAGCGAGGUGGCGCUCGAGGAUUACAGCCUCGAGAUGUAUCUGAUACAGCUGGAGGAGCUGCGGAUUGCGCAGAAGGCGGGGAGGAGAAGUCGAGGGAAGUUCAAGCUGUUUGAUGCCACGGUGGCGAUGCUGCUGCGGCCGGAUGGCCACCCCAGUAAAUAUGGCCAUUGGCCCGCGCCCAAUCAGACCUUUGCGAAUGACUGCGUGCAUUGGUGCUUGCCUGGACCCAUAGAUGCUUGGAAUGAUUUUUUGCUAGAGUUGUUGAAGAGAGAAAUAGGAGAAGAUAGAUAAGCCAACUCAUUCUAAUUGUUUUUUUUUUAGCAUUAGAUAUUGUUAGAGUAUGGAUCAUCUAUAUUGUAUUGUCAUUAUAUAGACCGUAAUAGAGACUCUGGUACAUGAGUUGUUACAAGAUAUGUCAGAUUUGAUAUUCUUGAGGAUAAGCAUAAAUCUCAUAUUUGAAGUAUAA